AUGGCCGGAGAAGCAGGUGGAGUGGAAUCGAGGGAGCUCGACCGGACUCCGACGUGGGCGGUUGCAAUCGUGUGCUCCGUCAUCAUUCUCAUCUCCAUCCUGCUGGAGAAGGGACUUCAUCACAUUGGAGAGUGGUUGUCUAGGAAGAACAAAAAGGCAUUGUUUGAAGCUCUUGAGAAGGUUAAAUGUGAAUUGAUGAUUCUUGGUUUCAUUUCUUUACUACUGACAUUUGGGCAGACUUACAUAUCUAAAAUCUGCAUACCGGACAGCAUUGCAGAUACCAUGUUGCCAUGCUCAAUCAAAACAACUGAAGGCACAACAGAAGAAGCUGGUAGAGAACACCGCAGGAGACUCUUGCAAAAUGUUCUCAUUAAUCAGAAUUUGAAACGAAGGAUGCUAGCUGCUGGAACAGUUGUGUCAUGUCCUACGGGAAAAGUGCCACUUAUUUCGGUGAAUGGAAUACAUCAGUUGCACAUCUUCAUUUUUUUCUUAGCUGUGUUUCAUGUAGCAAGUAGUGCUUUUACAAUGGCUCUUGGAAGAGCAAAGAUGCGUGCAUGGAAAGUGUGGGAAAGUGAGACCUCAUCUUCUGAGUAUGAAUUUUCCAACGAUCCAUCAAGAUUCAGAUUUACUCGUGAGACAUCAUUUGUGAGACAGCAUACAAGUAUCUGGAAUAGAAUCCCAAUCUUGUUCUACUUUGUUUGCUUUUUUAAACAAUUUUUCAGAUCUGUCCGUAAAGCAGAUUACUUAACACUGCGCCAUGGGUUUAUCAAUACUCAUCUGGCUCCGAGAAGUAAGUUUAACUUCCAAAAAUACAUAAAAAGAACUUUGGAGGAUGACUUUAAAGUAGUAGUGAGCAUCAGUUCUGUCUUAUGGGUUUCUGCCAUGAUUGUUCUUCUUCUUAACAUUCAUGAAUGGGAGGGACUCUUCUGGGCAUCACUACUUCCCCUAGUUAUAAUUCUAGCAGUCGGAAUGAAGCUACAAGCAAUCAUCACAAGGAUGGCUAUCGAGAUUCAAGAGAGACAUGCGGUCGUCCAAGGGAUUCCUCUGGUGCAACUCAGUGACAAUCAUUUUUGGUUUGGACGUCCACAAUUUGUUCUCUUCCUCAUCCAUUUCACACUGUUUCAGAAUGCACUCCAGAUCACCUACUUUUUUUGGAUUUGGUAUGAGUUUGGAUUGAAGUCAUGUUUCCAUGAUAACUUUGGGUUCAUUAUUGCGAGAGUUGCCAUUGGGUGA